AUGCCCACCCAUGACUACCUGGCCUGCUUGCCUCCCUGCUGCCUGCUGCUGGCGCUAUUCUUUGUCCUCUCAGGAACUUCUGAGCAAAGGAAUAUGAUUGAGUGGCAGGUGCUACAGCCUGAGGGCCCCAUGCUAGUGGCAAAAGGAGAGACACUCUUACUAAGGUGUACAGUGGUCAGCUCCUGGACCGAUGACAUGGUAAAAUGGAUCAAGGUGAGAAAUGAGGACCAGCAGGAAAUUUAUAACUUCAAACAUGGCUUCUUCCCUGGGGUGAUGCCUAUAAUCAAGCGGACACUAAAGCCAUUUAAUUGGGAUUAUUCCAUCUAUAUCCACAAUGUCACCAGGGAAGAUAGUGGAACCUACCACUGUGUGAAGUUUGAUGGCUUGAGUAAGCACUUGGAAAAGAUGCUCGAUGAAGGCACCUCAGUGUUUGUGAUGGGAGCUGGGGACCCAGAGCCAGACCUCUGGAUCAUUCAGCCUCAGGAGCUGGUGUCUGUGACCAUUGGAAACACUGCUUUCCUGAACUGCACAGUGCUUGGAAACGGUCCCCCAGGACCCAUCAGGUGGUUCCGGGGAGCUGGUCUGAGCCGGGAAGCUAUUUACAACUUUGAAGGCAUCUCUCGCCUCAAUGUGACAGCAAUCCGGGCCUCUGGCAAUGACUUCAGCAUUCUCCUGGAAGAUGUUUCCACUGAAGAUGAAGGCACCUACUACUGUGUCAAGUUUCAGAGGACACUCAACAGGCAAUACCUGUCUGGGCAGGGCACCAGGCUGAGAGUGCAAGCAAAAUUCACCUCCCACCAAGAGGCUGAAUUCACCAAUGGUUCUUCAGACAGGGUGUCUUCAACAGGCCUCUUAUCUACACUCUUAUUUGCGGUCCUGGGGCUGAAGGCAGUGAUGUUGGCUGCACUCCUGCUGGCCCUGGCUGCCCACCGGAGAAGACAUUGGCAAGAAGGCUUCAGGAUCCCAGGCUCAGUAGAGCUGUGCACAUCUCAUCCUGGGGCAAGGCCUGUUUAA